AUGGCUAUGACAACAGAAUCAUCACAAGGCGCGGCUGCUCCUCCAUCGCCAACGUCAACAUCAAAGAUGGCCCCCGAGAAGAACAGCAAAAAGCGUUCCUCACCGUCAGGCGACUCAGAUCAACCAGAGAAGAUUACGAAGCGACGCGCUGCCCGCGCUUGCGUGUCGUGCCGAGCACGAAAAGUUCGAUGCGACGUCGUUGAGGGCGCUCCCUGUGGAAACUGCCGUUGGGAUAACGUCGAGUGCGUUGUCCAGGAAAGCCGAAGAAGAAAGAAGAACCUUUACACGGCCAGCACCGCAGGCCAGUCUGUCUCCACAGAAGCCCAGUUGCGCUGCAAAACAACACCAUCAGUUAGCAACCCCACAGGCCCAAGUGCCAGUGCCAGCAAGAGCGCAAACCCAGGCAUAAUAAGCACGGCCGAUCUUCGACGACCAAGCAGUGGCUCAGUUAUUUCAUCAAGCAGCAUCGACGGGCCCAGCACUUUUCUCAAUAGCUCCGCACUCGACAGCCAUGUCCCUCACAUGAUCUAUCAACGAUCUGGCUACCGCCGAGACUCGUCUUCCCUUAACAAGGUGCACCCAAUAGAAUCCAGCGCCCAUCGUUCGUCAUGGUCCAGUAUUAUCCCAGAUCCUGCCUUCUUCGAUUCACUACGCAACACUCAGCUGUUCGGUUCUCUUGACGAGAAGGAAAUCCCAAAGCCUCAGUUUCCUUCGUUUUUGCGACCUCUGCCGAACAAGAUUGCACCUGAAGAUGUUGAUUAUCUGAAGAUCAAGGGUGCACUUUCAGUGCCUACCUUGCCACUACAGAAUGCCUUACUCCAGGCUUACGUUGAAUAUGUGCAUCCUUACAUGCCGCUUAUGGACUUGAACUCUUUCCUUGGUGUUAUCAGCAGCCGUGAUGGUCAAAAUGGCCAGACCAGUCUCUUCCUCUAUCAGGCCGUCAUGUUUGCAGCGUCAGCGUUCGUUGACAUGAGGUACCUCAGAGAGGGUGGUUACACAACACGGAAAGCAGCCCGCAAGUCCUUUUUCCAGAAGACAAGGCUGCUGUACGACUUUGAUUACGAGUCAGAUCGUCUUGUGCUUGUGCAGGCACUGCUUUUGAUGACAUACUGGUACGAAACGCCAGAUGACCAGAAAGACACAUGGCAUUGGAUGGGUGUGGCCAUUUCACUGGCACACACCAUCGGUCUUCACCGCAACCCCGGAUCCACGAGUAUGGCACCAGCAAAGCAGAAGCUCUGGAAACGAAUCUGGUGGUCAUGCUUCAUGCGAGACCGUCUUAUUGCACUUGGAAUGCGACGUCCCACACGUAUCAAGGACGAGGACUUUGACGUUCCCAUGCUUGAAGAGAGCGACUUCGAGAUUGAGAUGCUCCCCGAGAGCAACACUGUUAUCCCUAGCACUUGCGCAUUGGUUCGCAACACUGAUAUGCAGCGAGAAUUGGCUACUAUGUGCAUUGCCAAGGCCCAGCUCUGCGUCUGCAUCAGCCGCAUGCUCAAGGCGCAAUACUCUGUUUUGAUCCGGGAUAAAAUGAAGCCGGAAAACACCACCAACAGCACAAUGAUGCUUUUCCCUAAUAAACAGCUGGACAACGUUGAGAGCGUCACCGAGGUAGAUCACGAACUCAUGGCAUGGGCUGAGUCACUUCCAGCCUGCUGUCAAUACCGCACCCUGACACCCUUGGAUGUCAAGGACGGACGAUCGACGGUUGCCGUGCAGCGAACACUGCUACAUAUGGUCUAUUACACCACCAUUUCAGCUCUUCACCGUCCUCAGUUCUUGCCAUCGUCGCCUCUCCAGGCUCCUACAACAUCUCGACAAGUCCAGGAUAUGUCUCGAUUGCGAGUGCGCGAUGCCGCCAUGCACAUUACCCGAAUGGCCACUGAGCUUCACCAAUACCGUCUAGAGCGCUUCUUACCUACUACUGGUGUCACGGUCAUCCUCCCUGCCAUGAUCAUCCAUCUCCUUGAGAUGAAGAACCCUGCUCCCCAAGCUCGGGAGCGUGCCACGCGAGGAUUCCGCCAGUGCAUGCGAGUUAUGGAGAAGCUCCGGGAAGUGUAUGCUGCCGCCGACUACGCAACUGGUUUCCUCGAUGCCGCUCUCCGCAAGGCUGCUAUCGAUAUCAACUCUAGCGUUGCUCCCUCUACGUUGGCCAUGAUGAAGCGUGUGCCAAUCGAGUUUAGUGCCCAGACACCACCCCCAGAGAACGCGCCAUACAUGACUGCUUCCGAGUCGCUGUUCAACGAGAGGCCCAAGGAGGCUCAGCCUGCGGCAGCAACGCCUACUAUGAUGCCACCAAACACUGUCAACGCUGCAGCUCUGGAGAUGCCUACGCAAUCACCACCCACAACGGAGAUGGAUUCUCCUGCCGCUGGAUUAACACCUAGCGUCAGCGCUGGCUCUGAAGAGAUUCAGCUGGAUGUUGGCAACAUGGACCUUGAUUUCAUGCAGGGCCAUGAUGAGUUUGACUGGAACGCUGUGGCCGGAACUGAUUUCGACGUUGACCAGUGGCUCCAGUUCCCCCCCGAGGGCGUCAACAACCAAGACGACAACUUGAUCGCUGGCGUAUUGGGCGUUGAAGAGCCUACAAUGUCUGCCGAGCAAGCUCUGACCUGGGCCAUGAACGCUGAGACAGACGUAGCAGCUCGUCAGCCUGAAAACCGCGACAUUACCGCGUCGGCAUAG